CUCUCCCAGGCUCCCACCCGACUCCUCCUUCCCUCUCUCUCCUCCUCCUCUUUCGGCGCAAGCCGACCAACGGCGACCACCUCAGCAGUCACCCGCGAUCCCACGCCCCCCACCUGACACGCCCGCGUCCGCGCGGCUCCCCGUGCCCCGAGGCCGCGCGAAUUCCCCGCCCUGCCCCUGCCGCCCGCCACCCCCAGGGGGGCACGCCAGUAAUUUCCCGCCGCCACCGCGUGCCGUCGGGUCUCCGGACCCCGGUGGGCUAUCGCCUCGCCUCCUCGCCCGGCUGCGCUACGACGCUGCUCUGGCCGCCCGCGCCUCUCCCCCCCUCGGUCCCCACCCACCCCGUCUCCGAACCCAAAACCCACCGGCCUCGCUUUCGCCGGUAACCCGGUCAAACGCAUCCAACGGCGGGCGGCACGUCUCCGAUCCGGUCACCACGAUGCCAGUGCCAGCCCCCGCCCGCCGGUCAGGCCAGGUCGCCCCACCGCGUCGUCACGUGCGACGCGCGUGCCGUGCCGUGCCGGCCUCGGCCGGCGCCCCACCCCUCCCUCGCCGUGUCCUUUUAUUCCACCCGCCUCGCCCUCACCGCACCUCCCCCCAAUUCACGCCACCACCACGACUUCCGUGCUCGUCGUCUCCCCGGGCUAGGGUUCGGUGCGAGAUCUGAUUCCGGGCGCCGCCGGAGGAGGGGAUGGAGGUGAGGGAGAUGGCGAUGGCCGCGGCGGCGGCGGCGGCGGCGGCGGGCGGAGGAGGGGGCAAGCUGCCGCCGCCCAACCCCAACCUGCCCUACAGGGAGGACUGCUGGAGCGACGGCGAGACGGCCGCGCUCGUCUCCGCCUGGGGCAGCCGCUACGUCGAGCUCAACCGCGGCAACCUGCGCCAGAAGCAGUGGCAGGAGGUGGCCGACGCCGUCAACUCGCGCCGGGGAGCCUCCGCGCGCCGCCGCCCGCCGCGCACCGACGUGCAGUGCAAGAACCGCGUCGACACCCUCAAGAAGAAGUACAAGGCCGAGCGAGCCCGCAACGCGCCGUCCGGCUGGUCCUUCUUCCAUGAGCUCGACCGCCUCGUCGGCCCCACCCUCAGCGCCUCCGCCUCGAAGAGGCCCCCUUCGUCGUCGCCGGCUACUCAAUUCGCCAUGCCCAUGCCCUUGCAUCCCCCGGCCGUGAGGAACCACGCAUCGCCUUCACCAUCCCCGCCUCCGCCUAUGGCUUUGCCGCUGCCCAACUACCACCACCGUAGGUCUCCGCUUCCUGCUGCUGCUCUGAUCCAGAAGGAAGCUGCAGCUGCAGCCGCACCUGUGUCUGAUUCGGAGGACUCUGAUGAUGUGGGUGGUAACAAUAAUCACAAUUCACAGCGGUCGCCGUCGCACUCGGUGUCAUCACUCUCUGGCAAUAACAAGAAGCGCAGCAGAGAUGAGGCUGGCAGUGGUGGUGACAAAGGUUGCAAGGAGCUAGCAAGGGCGAUCGAGGCUUUUGCGGAGAUGUACGAGCGUGUGGAGAGUGCUAAGCAAAAGCAUGCAUUGCAGAUGGAGCGGCAGCGAAUCGAAUUCCUGAAGCAGCUAGAGGUGAAGCGCAUGGAGAAUUUCGUCGAGGCCCAUGUGAAGCUUGCUAGGGCAAAGCGCCCUAAGAAGACUAAAGUGGGUACAACUGAUGGUGCUGGUGCAAUGGAGUUGGUUGCCACUGUUGCUUCGCUGCCUUUUGUCUCCACCUCCACCCUCCUCUGAUGUUGGGGGAAGCGUUCAGAUCAUGGGAUGGCGUUCUCUGCAGUGAAGGGCCCCUUGGUAGCGAACAAUAUUGUCGUUGGGGUAUUAUUUAGUCCGAGCAGUUCUUCUGAGGUUCAUUCAGUUUGUAAUUUAGUAUAUGAAGGUUAAUUGAGGACUAGAAAUUCUUAGUGUAAAGCUAUGUUGGCGGUGUUUUUCCCGGCUCUUUACCUGAUUGUUUAAUUGACGAUGUAGCUCAGAGUGUCUGACCUUGUCUCCAAAAAUAUGGUGAAUGAAAAUGGUGUCGAAGUCAUUUCCUAUUCACGUCUGGAACUGGAAACAUGCCAUUCGUAGCAAAUUGUAAUUAUUUGUUUUGCUGUU